AUGGACAAAUACCAAAGAGGAUGGGAUGAUCCCAAUCCACUCUGGGAAAAUCCCAGCCAGAGAUGGGAUGAUACCAGUUUAACAUGGGCAAAUACCAAAAUAGGAUGGGAUGAUCCCAGCUUAACAUGGACAAAUACCAAAGAGGAUGGGAUGAUCCCAAUCCACUCUGGGAAAAUCCCAGCCAGAGAUGGGAUGAUCCCAGCUCAACAUGGACAGAUACCAAAAGAGGAUGGGAUGAUCCCAAUCUACUCUGGGAAAAUCCCAGCCAGAGAUGGGAUGAUCCCAGCUCAACAUGGACAAAUACCAAAAGAGGAUGGGAUGAUCCCAAAUCAAUCUGGGAAAAUCUCAGUUCAACAUGGACAAAUACCAAGGGGGGAUAGGGUCAUCUCAAACCAAUCUGGGAAAAUCCCAGCAAAAAAGGGGAUGAUCCCAGUUAAAUGUGGACAAAUACCAAAUGGGAUGGGAUCAUCACAAUUUGAUAUGGACCAAUGCCUGAAGGGUAAAGCAUCAUCCCAAACCAGCCAAGGAAAGUCUUGGAAAGAGAUGGGAUCAUUCCAGUUCAAUCUGAUCUAG